UGUCGUACAGUUGCUGGUUUCUAUAACGACAGUCAAGAUGGCAGCUGGAGACGAUCACGCUGCUUGUGAAGUUUUGCGAGGUCUCGCUCGGCAUUUAAACUGUCUUAAUGAAGAAAACAAGGCGACACGAAAGCGGGCUCUUGAGCAAAUCAAGAGAGAGACUGUAGACAAAGGACUUUCCAGCAGCGUCUUACAACAGGUUUUCUCUGCCCUCCUCAAGCCACUUCUCAAAUGUCUGUCAGAUCCGAUGGAAAAAUGCAGAGAAACCGCGAUAACGGUGAUAACGGAGUUUAUUCGUUGUGUCCCUAAACCGGAGGAGUCACUGCCUUACCUCAUACCCUGCCUGGCUCAGAGACUCGGGGAGAAAGAGAUCAUGGAGCCGGCGGAAGAGCUUCGACUGUGCGCCGUGGAGAUGUUGACUCUGAUAGUGGAGGUGUGUGGGAAGCAUUUAGCGCCCUACCUGAACGAAAUGAUCAACAUACUGCAGAGAACCAUCGUCGACCCUUUCCCAGAUGUCAAAAGAGAAAGCUGCAAAUGCACAAUAAAUUUUGCGAACUGUGUGCCAGAGCACUUUCACAUGCAGGCUGAGAGUCUAGUCAGUCCUCUCAUGCAGACAAUUACUCAUCAGCACUCCCGAGUAAGAGUGUCUGUCAUCGAAGCCACUGGUGCGGUCAUUCAGCAUGGCACAGGGAAGAAUGUGGAUGAUGUGCUCUCGCACCUGGCACAGAGGCUAUUUGAUGAUUCACCACAGGUGAGAAAAGCUGUGACUGUAGUUGUUGGCAACUGGCUACUUAACAUGAGAGACAGAUACUCUUAUUUCCACAAACUCAUCCCACUCCUGCUGAGCAGCACUGAUGAUGAGAUCCCAGAAAUACGACUUCUAGCAGCUGAUUUAUGGAGGAAGGUAGGCGCGCAGUGGGAGAAGGAGAAUGAGGAUGACAUAAAGGACAAGAUGGACUUUCUCCUUGCACCACCUCCCUUCUACCCAGCAGGGGUGGAGCGUCCAGGGCUGGGCUGCAGAGAGUUAGUGGUGAGAAACCUCAGCCGUCUUGUGCCGGCCAUUACUCAUGAUGUAACUGACUGGCUGGUGUCCACACGGGUGAGGACCUCUCAGCUGCUCUCUGUGCUGUUGCUCCACGCCGAGGAUCACAGUACCCAGCAUUUGCAGCCUCUACUGUCCACCCUCUACUUUUCCUCUCUCUCUCUCUUUUACAUCUAGAGCCUGGCAGCUGCUAAACUCUUGGGAACCUUUGUCCCUCCCGCUGUUUUCCUCAAGCUGCUGCUAGAUCAUGUGACGACCUCUUACUCUUCUUCCCACCCGUGGGCCCCGAUCAUGGUCCUGACUGCGGUACUGGGAGGCUGCGCCAAACCUCUCCUUAAACCACAUCUCGAACAGAUUGCCAACACACUGGCCCAGCCCGACGUCUGCCAGGAAUAUCAACAGGCUAUGUACUUGGAGCAAUUGUUGGCCUGCGUGAAUGUGCUUCUGCGUCAGUGUGAGUCAGACUGUGGUUUGGUCAGCCUGCAGCUGCUGCAGGUGCUGGUCACUGCCCAGAGUCUCUCCACUGAACCACAUCUCAGUGAAAAGGCCUUGGAGAGUGUGCAGUUCUUGUGUAAGAUGCAGGGCCUGGACUCAGUGAUGGCGCUCUAUAGACAACAUAUGGGCCAGCUGCUAGACUGGCUGUCUGCCUCUGUCAGCACCUGGUCCAGUUACUCCCCACAGAGACUCCAACUGCAUAUCAUAGUCGUACAGUCAGGUCCAGUGAUAGGGGAGUUUGUGAGCCAGCUGAUGCCUCUGCUCCAGACCUGCCUCAAACCAGACAAAGACCCAGAAAUGAGGAUGAGCAUCUUCACAAUGCUUGCCAAGUUACUCGUGGACGCAGCCAACACAGUGGAUUCCCAGGGACAUUUCCGUGAUGAGUCGGAGAAGUUCCUGUGUGAUGUGCUGCUCCCUAACUUGGUGUGGCACGCAGGUCGCACCGCCGCUGCCGUCCGCACCUCAGCCCUCAGCUGUCUGCUGGCCCUCCUGCAUGGAGGAGCCAUCGCACCUGGACAGCUGCUGUGUCUAGAGCAGAAGCUGAGUCCCCAGGUUUUCUCAGCUCUUGAAGAGGACUCUCAGAUGAGCAGGCUGUUGGCUUCUCGCUCUCUGUCCACAAUACUCAGAUUGAUAGGAACGAGUCUGCACCCUGAGGCCCUCAACAAGAUCUAUCCUGAGUUAUUGAAACGUCUGGACGACAGUAGUGAGCAGGUGCGUGCUAUGGCUCUGCAGACCCUGGGGCUAUGGCUGUCCUGUCUGACCGAAAGCUACAGCCCUGAGCUCUACGCUCCUCACCUGCAGCUCUUCUUCCAGCAGCUCCUCCUACACCUGGACGACCCUGACAGCUCGGUACAGGACCAAGUGCUAGAGGUCCUGAAGAAAGGCAGCUCUGUCCACCCGGCUCUUCUGAAGAGUGAGGUAGAAGCAGUGAGAGACAAACAUCGGAGUCCUCUCUACUGUGACCAGUUGCUCCAGCACAUCGGCUAA